AUGGGGCCUCCUGCUGACGUCUUUAUAGCUUGGAUCGCGUCUUGGGAAGACAGAUAUGGCCCGCCACCGCCAGAGAUUCAGCAGAUCGUGCCGAGCCGACCGUCGGAGACCGUACGCCCAGAGCACAACAGCACCCCUGCGCCACCGCAGCGGAGGGUGUCUAGAGACGGAUACGUGAACUGGACCUCCGAAGCACCAGUCAAUAAUGUGUCAAAGAAUUUGAUCGCGAAGAAGAGGCAGAAGAGGCGAGUACAGCGGGGGCAGAAAUGGGACCAUCUCCGAACGAGAGAGCCGAUCAUCAUCCCGAAUUACCUGAUGCGCGAUCAGGACUCGCCAUGGAGGAACUUUGUGCAGGCCAGCAAGUAUGGACACGCCGCCGGCGAGAAUGCGGAAACGGUCGAUCCAGAGAAGCUGAAUGAGUUGAUGCCCGGCUUCAACGACAACACCCCCCUGCGCUUCACAGAUGAUGCAGUGCGGAGCAGGAGCAGGAGGGCGGCCUUUCAUGAACAUGCCUGGCGCAUUCUCCUCAACCACCCCCUGGUUCCCGCAAUCCUCAGAUUCUCGGUCUUGCUGCUGUCUAUCAUCUCGCUUGCCUUGUCAGCCAAUUUAUGGAAGCUGUAUGCGGACGCAGGAGAUCGGUCCUCAAAUACAGCAGGCAUCUCUCUCCGCUCACAAUGGCUCGUGGCCAUCGUUGUUGACUGCGUCGUCACACCCUACGUGUUCUACAUGACCUGGGAUGAGUGGACCGGGCCGCAGUUUGGCCUGAGGUCCCCAAUGCACAAAGUCUCCCUGACGCUUCUCGAUCUUUUCUUCAUCAUCUUCAAGUCCGCUAGCGCCACGCUUGCGUUUGAUUCGCUGUACCUCAGGAACAACCCGUACGGCGAGAUGGCCAAGAUGAAGGCCCUGGCCUCCUUCCUGCUGCUGGGUCUCAUUGGUUGGAUCAUGAAUUUUACAGUGAAUGUGUUCAGGCUAGUGCAGAGGCUUGGGACGGGAGCAGGAGACGAGGAUCGAAGAUUAGUGUCCCACGCUUGAAAAGGUAGUCAGAGUAUAGAAAAAUUCAACAACAGCAUAAAGUAUUUACAC